AGGACUGUCGGCCAGCAGCAGCAGCAGGCAGCAUCGGAGAGAGUGAAGUGAGGAGAAAUACAGAGAAUUAUCACAUCCUAAAGAAAACAACACUGACUUGGAAUAAUCUAAAACGCUUCCGUGUGUUUCGAAAGGUUUGCUCCAUCGUUGUUUUGAUAACGGGAGGCAAGGAUGGCAAUGCAAAUGGGCGAGGCCGGCAGUGGCAUGGCGAAGGUGGCAGAGUGGCAGCAAACGAUGUACAGCGUAGACUCGGGCAUCCAGUCUGGAGCCACCACAGUCAGAGAUGAAGACGUCGACUACACCACCUCCAAGCACUACACCACGACGACCACUGUAACAUCAGUACAUCCUGACAUGGAUGCCCCCCACACCAGAGCAGAGCGGCUGCGGGCUGCAAUGUUCCCAGAGACCCUGGAGAGAAACACCACCAUCAUUUCGACUCAGAUAGAUCCGUCCCAGAUGACAAACGUCCAGCAGCUGGCCGAGCCCUCCCAAAUGCUCAAGACUGCAAUUAUCCAUCUGAUCAACUACCAGGACGACGCCGAGCUGGCCACACGCGCCGUGCCUGAGCUCACCAAACUGCUCAACGAUGAAGACCAGGUGGUGGUCAGCAAGGCAGCACAGAUUGUCAACCAGCUUACACGCAAGGAGGCGUCACGGCGUGCGAUGAUGCAGUCGCCUCAGAUGGUGGCGGCGGUGGUGCGAGUGAUGCAGAACACAAGCGACAUGGAGACGGCGCGGGCCACAGCCAGCAUCCUCCACAAUCUGUCCCACCAGAGAGAGGGCCUGCUCUCCAUCUUCAAGUGUGGAGGCAUCCCUGCUUUGGUCCGCAUGCUCAGCUCUCCAAUGGAGUCUGUGCUCUUCUAUGCCAUCACCACGCUCCACAACCUGCUGCUGCACCAGGAAGGAGCUAAGAUGGCUGUUCGUCUGGCCGACGGCCUGCAGAAGAUGGUUCCCCUGCUGAAGAAGAGCAACCCUAAGUUCCUGGCCAUCACCACAGACUGUCUGCAGCUGCUUUCUGGCAAACCCAGGAGACAGCUGAUCAUUCUUUCCAACGGUGGUCCUGAGGGCCUCGUUCACAUCAUGAGAAACUACAGCUAUGAGAAGCUGCUGUGGACCACAAGCCGUGUGCUCAAAGUCCUCUCUGUGUGCCCCAGCAACAAACCCGCCAUUGUAGAGGCUGGUGGGAUGCAGGCUCUGGGUAAACACCUCACAGGCUCCACCCAGCGUCUGAUGCAGAACUGUCUGUGGACGCUCAGGAACUUGUCUGAUGCUGCCACCAAGCAGGAGGGCAUGGAAAGCCUUCUGCAGGUGCUGGUGGGCCUGCUUAGUUCAGACGACCUCAACAUGCUCACUUGCGCCACAGGCAUCCUGUCAAACCUCACAUGCAACAAUGCCCACAAUAAAACUCUGGUUACCCAGGGCAACGGCGUAGAGGCGCUGAUCCACGCCAUCUUGCGUGCCGGUGAGAAGGAGGACGUGACUGAACCUGCCGUUUGCGCUCUGCGCCACCUGACAUCCCGCCACCAACAGGCUGAGGUAGCGCAGAAUGCUGUGAGGAGAUACUACGGCAUCCCCGCCAUCGUCAAGCUGCUCAACCAACCCUACUACUGGCCCGUCAUCAAGGCUGUGGUUGGCCUGAUCCGCAACCUGGCCCUGUGCCCAGAGAACCAGGCCCCUCUGAGGGACGCUGGAGCGAUCCCCCGUCUGGUCAACCUGCUACUUAAAGCCCACCAGGACGCCCAGAAACAUGGUUCAUCCACCCAGCAGACAUACCAGGAUGGAGUGAGGAUGGAGGAGAUUGUGGAGGGCUCCACAGGAGCUCUGCACAUCCUGGCAAGGGAUCCCAUCAACAGAGCGGAGAUCGCCAACCUGCAGACCAUUCCUCUGUUUGUUCAGCUCCUCUACUCUCCGGUGGACAACGUGAAGCGCGUGGCAGCGGGCAUCCUGUGUGAGCUGGCCCUGGACAAACAGUCAGCUGAGCUCAUCGACAGCGAGGGAGCGUCGGCUCCGCUGAUGGACCUGCUGCACUCAAACAACGAGGGCAUUGCCACUUAUGCUGCAGCUGUGCUCUUCCGUAUCUCCGAGGAUAAGAACUCCGACUACAAGAAGCGAGUGUCUGUGGAGCUCACACACUCUCUGUUCAAACACGACCCCACUUCCUGGGAGAUGGCCCACAACAGUGCCCCCAUGGAUGGACCCUAUACAGAUGAGCUGGACGCUGGUUUCCCAAGCUACGGAGGGUAUGCAGCUGACGUGCCCAUGGACGGCAUGGACGGAAAUAUGAUGCACGAGGAUUACGAAGCCAGCUUGGCCUACGAGAGACAACCGUACCGUGAAUAUUAAAGACCCGGGGGAGAAAGGGAAUCGGAGGAGCUGACAUAGGACGUAAUGGGGCAGAAGAGAAUAUAGUCGUCGGUAGAGAUUACUCCCUCUGCUCUCAGCCUGAUGUAAUAUAUGCAAUUAUCACGGAGUACGGGACUCAUAAUCUUAACAGGGCUCAACUUUGUUUUAUAGCAUAAUUUUGCUGAUAAUAAUGAUGACGAUGCUUGUAGGUUUCUGUUAGAGAACCUCUUUAAGAGUGUGUGUGUGCGCAUGUGAGUGUGUCUGUGUGUGUUUACGCUUUUGGGUGGGUAUUCUAUGCCAAAGAGAUUUUUAUUUUGUGAUGAUAAUCGUGUAGCUUCCUCCUUUCUUUUAAAUUUUUUUCUUUCUUUUCUUUUUUUUUUUUUUUAUAAAGAAAAAGGGAAAAAAAGAGUAAUAGUUGAAAACACUGCCAGAGUUGGCUCAACAUGCACGGUGCACCUGCUCACCGCUCUGUUUCUUACUUAACGCCUUUGUAACAGACACUGCUGUCUACGCUGUAGUUUUAACACAAUAUACUGUCAACUUUCUCCCGCUGUGACCCAACAGUUAUGAGUCGGUUAACACAGACUCAUUCUGUCUCGCGGCGCUAAUUCAGUAGGAGUGAACAAACAAAGAGAUGGGGAGAGACCUCUUAGAGAGCAGUGUAGGGCUGCCAGGAACCACCAAGAUGGUGGUUUGUUUUUAGGGAUAGUUUUUCAUCUUUUCUAAGUUAUUGACUGGGAAAGGUUCACACAUUAUCCGGCAUUACCAGAAUAUUAACAAAGAUGUCUUUUUUGUUACGAACUGAAUUUAAAGAAAAGAUCGUAUGUAACCGUGAUUGAUUUGCAGAACAACGUGGGUACAGUGGUUUUACAGAUGUGUGAUGAUAUAGUUGGGGACGGCCCUACAGCUGGAGCAAACUACUGACAGGGAAAUUUGUCUUUCUACUUAAGAGUUUUUACUGAAAUUUUGUUUAAUAAAAAUAAAGGAUAUAUUAAACAUA